CAUCGGGAUUGAUGUUCGAGGAACUCUUCAUGACGGAAAUUGUUAAGCUGGCAAAGGUAGGCGAUGCUUCUAAGUUGAGGACUUAUUUUAUAACUUUCGUCUUGGGUGGUCCUGGAAGUGGAAAAGGCACCCAAUGUGCAAAAAUAGCUGAGACCUUUGGAUUUACACACUUAAGUGCUGGCGACUUGUUGAGGAACGAGAUGUCAUCGGACAGUGAAAAUGGAGUAAUGAUUCAUGAUACUAUAAGGGAAGGACGGAUUGUUCCUUCAGAAGUAACAGUCAGCUUGAUCCAUAAAGCAAUUGUAUCAAGUGAAAAUCAUAAAAUUCUGAUUGAUGGGUUCCCCAGAAGUGAUGAAAACCGUAUUGCUUUCGAAAGGAUAGUUGGAGCAGAACCAGAUCUUGUGGUUUUUUUUGACUGUCCUGAAGAGGAGAUGGUGAAACGAGUUUUAUGCCGAAAUCAGGGGAGAAUUGAUGAUAAUAUCGAAACAGUAAAGAAACGUCUCAAGGUGUUCAACGAAUUAAAUCUUCCUGUUAUUAAUCAUUACUCUGGCAAGGGGAAGGUUCAUAAGGUCAAUGCAGUUGGAACUAUGGAAGAGGUUUUUGAAAAAGUCCGCCCAAUUUUUGCUGCUUUAAGGUGCUAACAGCCAAAGCUGACGAUCACUCGAAAGACAUGAAAGCUGCAAGGGCUCCUAGUUUUUUAAUGGGAGAUUACCCUCCUUGUUAGCUUUAAGACUUACUAUUCACAUUUGUAUUGCUGGGGAAGACUGGAAUUAAUGUAUCCAAAUAACAGGUUUUCCAUGUUCCAUGUGUUGCCUGCAAACAUAUGAAACGUUGAGUUCCCAAAGAAAAUAGGAACGGAUAGUACAUCUGAAGCAUAAGCUCAGGUUAUGACGUACAUUUCUAUGGCACACUGGGCAUUUGCAGUGGUCGGUAUAAGCAUUUUAGUUCAAUAACUGUUUAUUCGCCCUUUUCAAGCUGCGGAUACAUGUCUCCUAUAUUGCAAUUGAAAUGCAGCAAUUUUCCCGAGUGAAGUAUACGCUUUUUUUUUACCA